CAGAGAGCGGCCGCGUCCGAAGCCAAAGUGUAGUGCGACGUGAUUGUGUUUGGAUUGUAGAAUGAAAUAAGGCGAGGAACAUGCAGUGGCGGAUUGCAAGAAUUAUGCACAUUUCUAUAACAUUCGCCCUAGUGAAUGAAAUGUCCUCGGCCGUACAGAGCAGGGACAAUAAAAGAAGAAAUCAAGAAAAAACCGGCGGUUUUCUUAAGAAUAUCUGCGACAUAACAGAUCGUAAUUCUAAAGUGCACUGCUACUGUGAGAAUACAAGGGAAUUGAAGAAUGCAACAAAGGCGGAAUGCUGGGUAUUCAAUGGAGGUAUACCAAGAGACGAUCCUAUCUGGCAAAGUUUUGCGUCGCAACCUGCUUUGCACACAUUGUCGUUUAACGUCCGAGUCGACGGUGCUCUGAACUAUAUACCGACAAAGUCACUUCAAUACUUACAAAGACUGAGGUCUAUAAAUAUAAAAUAUGGCAAUAUUGGCGAUAUAACCUCUUUCGCGUUCGCCAACCUCACUAAUUUAAAUGAAGCUGUACUAUCAUCGAAUCAGAUCGGAACGUUAGAAUCGUACGCGUUCGCUCAUUUGCCUAACAUAACACUCAUAAAUUUAGAAGACAACGCGCUGAUAGAAAUCGACAAAGUUUCAUUUUUCGAUCUACCGAAACUACAGAAGUUGGUGUUCACAAAAAAUAAUAUAUCGACGAUCUACGAUGGUACAUUUCAACACACUUUCAACCUACUGGAAUUGGAUUUGAACAAAAACACCAUCUACCAUCUGAACCGGCACACGUUUGAUGGAUUGGCCAAUCUGCGGAAAUUAGAUCUAAGGAGGAACUGCAUUUCAAACUUAACUGAGUUUACUUUCGCUGAGCUGUGGAAUUUGCAGGAGCUACUUCUGGGGAAGAAUGACAUAAAAUAUAUAUCGGAGAGAGCUUUCGAUGGUCUGUCUCAACUUUGGAAGCUGUCCCUCGAUGAUAACAAACUGCUCACCCUUCCAUCUGGUUUAUUUGAAGGUGUUAGAGGACUGAGUUCAUUGGAUCUACGACUGAAUGAUCUACACGUUUUGACAUACGACAAUAUCAAUCCUAUUAUUGAUAACUUGAAGACGCAGAACAGUAAUCUUCUGAUUGAAGAUAACAAUUUAUUAUGCGACUGCAGAUUAAAAUGGAUAUAUGCGCUCAGAAAUGAAACAAAAAGCCAACAAACAAAAACCUCUUUGGAGCGAGUCACUUGCAAAGUAGGUACACCUAUAACCGUUAGUUCAGCGUACAACAGAAUGGAUGACGAGACUGUGAAUAACAAAAAAGAUUUUAUAACUGGGACAAAUGUGGACGCGCAUUCCGAGGUUUCAUCUGAAAUGAUAAAAGACAAGUCUGAAAUGAACGAGAUUGAAAAUAACAACAAAGGUGUAAAGAGAAGCGUGCUUAAGAUACCACCGGAGAAAUUGCCCUGUCCAGUCGAAAGGAAGACAACAGAAUUACCACCGCCCGUCGCAGAUUCUUUCAUACCGGUACGUAAUGAAAUGAUUACUCUCAUAUUUCAAGGAAGAAAUAAAGCUAGCACGAAGACGUUAAAUAUAGGUUUAUGGCUUAGCUUCCUAUUCUUUUUCACUUAGGUAGCUACGAUUGAUUAAAUUUAAGUGAGGCAAAGACUAUUGUACAUUUUAAGUCGGUCUAGAUAAUUUGUUAACGAUAACUGUGUAUAUAAAUGUAUGUUUUAGUAGGAGCACUCGUACCAUGACUGUAUAAAAUAUUUUAUAACGUCUGCCACACACGUUUUAUUUUGAUAAAAUUAUGUGUUGAAAUACACACGCAGUUGACGACAUAAGGAUCAUAUUUAUACAUAACAUCAAAGAUAAAUCACUGAACUCAAGAAAAAAAAACA